UAUUUCAAUUAUUUCAAUGAUUAAACCAACGUACCUAAACCCAAACCGAUUUCGCUUAUUAAUGGAAUAGUAAUUCACGUUUUCUUAGGGGUGGUUAUAUCAAUCUGUUAAUUUUAGAUUGUAACUUUUAAGUACUUACCUACUUACCUAAGAGUUAAGGUAACUUAGAAUUAACUGGGGGAGAUUUGCUUUUCUCGGGCGCGAUUUGUGGUGCGUGAGAAAGAGAAUACCUAUCGCAUUAGGUACAUUAGGUUACCUACAUAACGACAUACAUUACCUAGGUACUAUCUAGGUAGGUACCUAGGAGGUAGUCAUAGGGGGACUUGAAGGUUUGUUUGGUCAGCCUUACCAGCCUCAGCAGCAGAUUUUGGUACCUCCUAAAGCACAGAAAUCGAGCCUUCCCCAUGAGGCGGCCUCGUAUGGUCAACGUGCAACUGCGACUGCAACUGCGACGGCCCCGACUGCCCCGACUGCCCCGACUACCCUGAUUGCCCUUUUAACUGCCUUGGCUUCGCCUCGACGGCAGCAGCAGCAACAACAACCAUGUCUUCUAGCAAUCCCGAUAUUCGAUCACUCGAGCGAAUGAUAUCCACCCUCCUUAAUAAACAGUUACAACACAUCUGCUCAUCCCAUGGAUUAAGAACAAGUGGGGUCAAGGCUGAUUUACAGAAUCGCAUCAAGAAUGCACUCCACGAAAAUUAUCAAUCCGACCCGGCGAGUUAUAACGCGAUACGCGAAACGAUAUUGAACAUCCGAGGAGGAAACUCUGGUCCACAGAGUAUGGCUCCUCCGCCCAGUUUGAGCCCACAGCUUCAGGGUCGCAAUCAAUACUAUAAUACGUAUGGCUCAUACCAACCAACAGGUUCCAGCAUGCCGCAACCAAGCCACGGUUAUCCCAACGGCAGCGCUACUGUUGACGGGAACGGCACUGGAUAUCCCGUUGCUUCCCGAGCACAUCAAUCGGAUAAUAUAUUCAAAAAUACACCCUUCUACACUAUCGAAAAGAGAAUAGGUCCUCUUCAUACUUGUCCCGUUAUGAACAACCACCGAAAUUCCAUCACAAUAACCUUGAAGGCCAGCGACUAUCCAGAUAUUGCGCGCUGCGCGACAUACUCACCUACUAAACUCAUGGUAUUCUGCGGAAGCGAGAACAUGGGACUUCAGGACAUUCAGUUCCCUCACCAGUCCGAAAUCAAAGUGAAUGACGACGACGUGAAGCACAAUCUUCGAGGCCUCAAGAAUAAACCGGGGUCAACCCAUCCGGUUGAUAUUACCCCCUUUCUAAGGCUGAAGCAGACAAACUAUACUAACAAGGUCGAGUUUACAUAUGCUCUAACUACGAAGAAAUUCUACCUAGCUUUAUACGUCUGUACAACACACCCGAUCGGCGAGCUGGUCACGAAGGUUAAGACCAAGAAGAUCUCUAAAUCUUCGGUAAUUCGCGAGAUCUCCAAGAAAGCCAAUGAUCCGGAUGUCGUGGCGACUUCUCAGAACCUAUCCCUGAAGUGUCCGCUCAGCUACGCAAGAUUAAAAGUCCCUUGCCGAGGAAUAACUUGCAAUCAUAUCCAGUGUUUCGACGCGAAUUCAUUUAUGCAGCUGCAAGAACAAGGUCCGACCUGGAGCUGUCCCAUCUGUUCUAAGUCCGCGCCCUUCGACACAUUAGUGAUAGACGAGUACGUGCAGGAGGUUUUGGAAAACACGCCUGAGUCGUGUGAGCAAGUUACCAUUGAACCGAAUGGUCAAUGGAGAAUCAAGUCGGAAGAUGCAGAACCGACUCGAUCUCGACCCCCUAACGGCGCCAAAAUAGAGGAUGAUGAUGAUCUGUCAAUUCUCUCCGAUACCCAUGCUUUCAGCAGUGGCACGGCUAGCAGUUCAAUAGGCGGUUCGAGGAAUGGCUUAGGUACACCAAGCCGUUCUUUGCUUAAUGGUGGAACGUCCAACGGCAGUCGCCGGGAAACCUCGAAUACGCAAAGGUCGGGAAGCAACAAGCGGCCGGCAGAGGUUAUCGAUCUUACUCUCAGUAGCGAUGAGGAAGAUGAGCCCGUCCGAGCUUCGAAACGUCAAAAUCUAGGACCGACCAACGGUAUGGCCUUUCCUUCUGCGUUCGAUACGUAUUAGGAAUAUACAUCGUGCUCGCGACAGUCGCGCGACGCAAUGGAUCUUUUCCGACAACAAGUAAUGGAAACCGUACAGGAGUGGAAGGAAGUACUUCUGCGAGACUAGGAAGUUGGUUAGUGCUAAGGGGUUUUUAGGACUUGUUAGGUAAAGUGAAUAGGAGUAUUUUGUACGGCGACGGAUAUUACGACGGCAUUUUCAUGAAAAGCAUAGUUUGUGGCAUGGAAUUUGGCAUUAUCGGAAGCUUGAUACGCUGCCUUCUAUUGGUCUUUUUUCUUCUUUUUCUCGCCUCUCCGUCCCCGGUUCUUUCUGUACAUAGAAUGCGAUCAUCCCCUUGUGCAAGCAAGGUACGGGCAUGAUAAAGGGGUAGGAGGGGACAGUCACAUCGGCGUUGAAGGGUGGAAAUACCUAUUGCUUUAUGAAGGGGCUACAUAUGGGAGGAGUCGCGAUGAAAAGGAUCAAAACGAAGCGGUCGGACUCGGUGGGCCCUAUAGGUCUUUUAGCCGUUGGUCCUCGUUUUGAAAGUUAAUAAAAAUCCGAUGCAUUAACAUAUUCUGAUAGGAGUAACCCUCCUUGUCUACCUAGGUAGGUAACCUACAAGACUUUCUAUCAUGGUGUAUAUAUAUGUGUACCUAUAAUAUAUAUAUAUAUAUAGCGUGUUGUGCUU